CGGGGCGGGGCGAAGGGAGGAGGAGCAGCACCACCAGCAGCAGAAGAAGCACCAGCAGCCGGGGCAGUAGGAAGAGCAGUAGCCGCACUCCGUGGCAUUUCAUGGCUUCGAAUCCCGCAGUGUCGGGCUCCUUGCUGGCAUCCGUGGCCUUCCGCGCGGUGCGCAGCGUGCUGCAGGCCCGCUACCGGGAUGUGCUAGGACUGGCCGAGUUCGUGCAGCGUCUCGGGGACGAGGCGCAGGCUGAAGGGGGCUCCGGUGCCGACGUGCAGCUACUGCGUGGAGGAGAGCCUGAAGUCUUCCAGGUCUUUGUGUCCCAGUGUGUGGUGUGUGUGCCCUGGGAUGCCCGGCCUCCCCCCAGGCCUCUCACCUUCCAACAGCUGUCUUCUCAGAAGGAGGUGGUUGCUAGAAUUGUCCAGAGGAUUUGUGAAAAGAAGAAAAAGAACAUUUUGGCUUUUGGUUAUACCCUGUUAGAAGAAAAAAGAAUGUCAUUGCCAGUUAUGUUCACAACAAAUGUCUACAACUAUCACCCUAACACAAUAACAGAAACCAUCAGCGUCAGUGCCUUGUGGGAGAUGCUUCUGAGUAGGAUAGGAGAUGAUGUGAUGAUGUAUAUGUUAGAACAUUGUUCUCUAUUCAUGAUGGUACCCCCAAGCUGCUGUUACCAAAUUUCUGGGCUACCUAUCUAUGAUCUCUAUUUAAAGGAUUCUACUCCUCCAUCUGGGUUCGUGCAGAGAACAUACUCAAAGCAGGGAGCAAAUGCUUCACUUGACAAUGUCAGAAAGAUUUCCCUCCUCUCAAAAUCCUUGGCCAAGUCAAAUUUGAGGAAAGAGAUGCUUGGAUCCAAAGAAAAGGCUAUAAAAGUUGUGCAACAAAACCAGAAUAGUACAGAGGAUCCAGGAGAUAAAUCUCUUCGAGGCAGACCUGAAGAGUCCUGUGACCAAGGAGAACAAGUUAGAACCCACUCAGUACAUUCCACAAUGGCUCUGUUGUCAAAAAGGCAAAGGGAGGAUGAAGAGAAAAGUGAGAUUUCAGCAAAGCGCUCAAAGACAGAGGAGCUUCUUCAGGAAAAAAGAAAAGAGCUGAUCUUGGGACAGGAACUCCAUGAAAAUAAUGAGUCUAAUUUAGACAAUGUUGAGAGCUUAACCCAAAGAUCAAUGGAAAUCUGCUCUUCAAGACCUCUCUUCAAUGAGAAAUCUAUUCAUAAAGAAGAUGGUGGUGGGGAGGGAUGUUUCAUUAAGACUAAGGGCAGCCUGUCCCUUUUGGAACAUAAGGAUGGGGAUUUAUCACGUCACAAUUCUUCAGUUAUCAGAUCCACUCUCAAAGGUAAAGCAAAAGCCAGAUCUUCAGAAGGAUGUUUGAAUAGAGGGGCCAAAGAAGCUGAUGCUACUUUCUCACAUCCACUGUGUCCUGGAAAUGAACCCCCAAAGGGAUUGAAGAGUACCUCAAGUUCCAUUAUAUACAUUAACAGAAAACGUUUCUUAUAUUCUGCUUGGAACUUCAGAGAAUGUUUGCCUACAUCAUUUCUGCUGAACCGUUUACAUGAUUCACUAUCUGGGGGUCAAAAGCUGGUUGAAACCAUCUUCUUAACCAGUCAUCUCUUUGGGCAGAAAGGUGACCCACAGCAUCAAAGGACCCCCUGGAAAAAGAGGCGUCUCCCAAAACGUUAUUGGCAGAUGCGACCCCUAUUUAAAGAAUUGAUUCAGAACCACCGAAAGUGUCCUUAUUUCAUACUUCUAAAGAAGAACUGUCCUCUAAGGUUUUCAGCAGCCAAGGCAGAUCCUUCCAGCCAACUGACAAAGCCUCAGGCCAUGGCUUCCAGCCAUUUAACCAAAGCUGAGGGAAUUCAGGGUGAAACUCAAGACCAAGGGCAUCAGGGGGAACACACGUCCAGGGCGAGUAACAGCAUGGAGGAGGAGCCCAGUAGCUCACUUAAAGACCAGAUAUCUAGUAAAGAAUCAAGCCUUUCCGAUGCAGUUUCUAAAAAAGCACUGCCAGCAUCACAUGAAGUUGGGAAGACAGACAAGGGUGGUGGCGACAUCUUACAGCUUCUCAGGUGGCACAGCAGCCCCUGGCAGGUGUAUGUGUUUCUGAGGGAGUGUCUUCAUCGUCUGGUGCCUGCUGAACUCUGGGGAUCAACUCACAAUAAAUGUCGUUUCUUUAAGAAUGUGAGGAAAUUCCUCACUCUGGGAAAACAUGACAAGUUUUCUCUUCGGGAGCUGAUGUGGAAAAUGCGAGUGAAGGACUGUGCUUGGCUUGCUCUGGUCAGAGGGAAUCACUUUAUUCCGGCCUCAGAACACCGUUUGCGGGAAGAGAUCUUGGCCAAAUUUGUAUACUGGUUGAUGAACACAUAUGUAGUUGAGUUGCUCAGGUCCUUUUUUUAUAUCACCGAGACCAUGUUCCAGAAAAAUAGGCUCUUCUUCUACCGGAAGUGUGUCUGGAGCAAGCUGCAAAAUAUUGGAAUCAGAAAACACUUUGAGAAAGUGCAUCUUAAAUUAUUGUCGGAAGAGGAGAUUAAACAGAAUCCAGAAGCAAGAUUUAUCUGUCUGGCGUCUAGACUCCGCUUUGUCCCCAAACCCACUGGGCUUCGGCCAAUCGUGAAUGUGGACAGCAUCAUUGGAGCCAGGGUGUCCAAUAAGGGAACCAAAGAUAAGAAGAUAAGGUGUUUCAAUGGCCAGCUUAAAAACCUGUUCAGUGUUCUGAAUUAUGAGCGGACUCUACACCCUGAAGUGUUGGGGUCUUCCUUGUUUGGGAUUGAUGGCAUUUAUAAAGAAUGGCGGCAGUUUGUGCUCAGAGUGAAGCCAUCUAAGGACAAAAUUUCCAACUUUUAUUUUGUAAAGGCUGAUGUGACAGGGGCUUAUGAUACUAUCCCCCAUGAGAAGCUCAUUGAAGUGAUCUCCAGCAUCAUCAAGCCCAAGGAGAAGAAAGUCUACUGCAUCCGACGUUACGCCGUGGUCCAGAAGAAUGCUCACGGAAACAUCCAGAAGUCCUUUAAAAGACACGUUUCCACUUACAAGGACGCCUUGCCCUACAUGAGCCAGUUUGUGUCACAUUUGCAAGAGACCACCUCCCUGCAGAAUGCUAUAAUUGUCGAACAGAGCUCUUCCUUAAAUGAGACCAGUAUCAACCUCUUCGCCUUCUUUUUGCAUUUGAUUCGGAAUAACAUCUUGAAAAUCAAAAACAAGUACUACGUCCAGUGCCAGGGGAUUCCGCAAGGCUCUAUUUUGUCCACUCUGCUUUGCAGUUUGUGCUACGGAAACAUGGAGAACAAAUUAUUAUCUGGAAUUCAGCAGGAUGGAUUGUUGAUCCGACUGAUUGAUGACUUUUUGCUUGUGACACCCCAUUUAACACAAGCCAAAGUCUUUCUAAGGACUCUGGCAAAAGGUAUUCCUGAGUAUGGCUGUUUAAUAAACCCUAAGAAGACAGUGGUGAAUUUUCCUGUGGAAGAGGAUAUUCUAAGUGAUUCUGACUUUACCCAGUUACCAGCCCACUGCCUUUUCCCAUGGUGUGGUUUAUUACUCGAUACAAGGACCCUAAACGUGUUUUGUGACUAUUCCAACUAUUCCCGAACUUCCAUUAGAACCAGCCUUUCCUUUGAUCACAGCAUCAAAGCAGGGAGGAACAUGCGGAACAAGCUGAUUGCAGUGCUUAGGAUGAAGUGUCAUGGUUUAUUUCUGGAUUUACAGGUGAAUAGUCUUCAAACUAUCUACAUAAAUGUUUACAAGAUAUUUUUGCUACAGGCUUACAGAUUUCAUGCAUGUGCCCUCAAGCUGCCAUUUAAUCAGCAAGUCAGAAAAAACCCAGGUUUUUUCCUCUCCAUCAUUUCGGAUAUUGCCUCUUGCUGCUAUUCCAUUCUGAAAGCCAAGAAUCCAGGAGUUAUUCUUGGCGCCAGAGGAGGCUCGGGCCCAUUUCCUUUUGAAGCAGCACGCUGGCUAUGCUAUCAUGCUUUCCUGAUUAAGCUGGUGAACCACAGAAUAGUCUACAAGUGUCUUCUGGGAACUCUCAAAAUGAGCAAACUGCAGUUAUUCCGCAAGAUUCCAAAGGCUACAAUGCAAAUGCUAAGAGUGGCAUCGGAUCCAUCACUCUCUCAAGACUUCAAAAUGAUCUUAGAUUAGCUAAUUGAGUCAUUUCUCUGGUGUUGAAUUGAGAUGAAUAACAGGUGCUAUUUUAGAGUGCCUCAGGGAAAACUAACACUUUUUUUUCAUUAAGAGUGAGAAAAGGCCCAUAUUUUCUUGCUUUUGCUUUUUUGCUGACUCUACAGGGUCUGGAUCAUGGGCUUAUUUUCCAGUUAAUAUAUCUUAGAAAUUGUGGUGCUUUUGCCAUCUUCAACACCUUUUCUACUGAUGAUGCCUCAUUCUGUUUGGGAAUAUUCCCAGCUGUUGUGUUGAUUUGAAAACAAAUUACAUAUAAAAUGUUACAGCUUAAAGAGACCUUAGAGGUCCUCCAUACUCCCCCACCUCUUCAACAUACUGGUGAGGAAAUUGAAUAUUCAUUUUUUCAGUAUUUCAGAUGGAAAACUGUGUCCAUUGAAAUGGAUUAUUAGAUUGUAAGCUCCUUGAGAGUAGGAAUUGAAUUGUUCUUUGUGUUUAUAUUUCUGCACCUGGCAAAAUAGUUUUCUCACAGAAGGUAUUUAAUAAAUACUUGCUGGUUAAUUAA